UAGCUGUUGAGAAGAACCAGCACUUAUUCGGGUUUUUUUGUGGAGGGGGGGUGAGUUAGGAAGCUAAAUUGCUGUCAUGUUUGGCACUAAGAAAGUGUUCUGGUCUUUUGCUUCGUUGGGGCAAUCUCCAGCUUUGUUCAACAUUUCUUGCAAUAAAUGAGAGUUGCAGUGCUGUGAGUUGGGAGUGUACACAAGAGUUUUACUCCAUGUUCCUGACAUCCUGCAAUUCCAGUGACAGAUCUUCAUUUCAGCCCAUCAGGACCCAAGUGGCCAUCCCUACAGCUCACGUCAUGCCUUCCAUGCUGGAUCGCUCUUCUUGCUCAGUGGGGAAAUCAAGCAUACCGCAGACCACCCUGGCUUCCUCCUUGUCAGUUUCUUCAGGUGAUGCAGGAGGGCCAAUUCCUAACCAUGACCCUGACCCUCUGAGGCACUCGCAGGUCCUCCACAGGAGUCCUCUUCAUCUGUAUCAAACUUCAGUGGAAAAUGGUUGUGAUCAAUCAGUGUUCCUUACUUCUGACCAAGCAAGUGUGGAGUGUGCUCAGAGACCUGUCAGACUUGCAGCUGAAUUCACAUUUAACCAAACGGCUUUAGACAGGCAGUCCACUGGUCCUUGGUCUCAGCUCCAAAUGUGCAGUUCAGAUACUACUGCUACUGGCCAAGAAAAAGAACCAAGCAAAGCAUUGCUUGAUACCAAUCCAGCAGCAGAGGCUAGUAGAGUUAAUGAAAAGCAAGUGCCCUUAGGGCUUAGUUUUGCCAGUAUGUGUUCCAGUCCAACAACUGCUCCGUCUCGGAUGUGGAAACAAGAAGCCUGCGCUCUGCAUCCACAGGAGAAUUGCGCUCUCAGUGCCUGGAAGCAACACUUGGACCAUGUUCGGCUGCAACUGGAGCAGGUGCAGCUGCAAAAUAAAGCUGCUUGCUACCAUCCCUUUGUGAACAGCACUUUACUGCACAGUCUUGAUCCAGCUCAUUGGUUCAGUAUCAUGAAUGCAAAUGAGAACCUGCUCAGGGAAAAAGAAAUUCUCAUUGACAGGCAGAGGCAACACAUUUCCCAGCUGGAGCAGAAAGUACGAGAAAGUGAGCUGCAAGUCCACAAUGCCCUCUUUGGCCAUCCUGCACCUUAUGGAGACAUAUACCUACUCAGAAUGCAGGAAUUGCAGCGGGAAAAUGUUUUCUUGCGGGCUCAGUUUGCUGAAAAAACAGAGUUGCUCAGCAAGGAAAAAAUUGAAUUAGAGAGGAAACUGUCAGCUACAGAAGGAGGCAUAAAACAGGCCCAGGAGGCUCAGAAAGAAACCAUACAGAAGCAUACAGUGGAACUGAAGAAACAAGAAGAAAGGGUAAAGGCAAGAGAUAAACACAUUGAGCAUCUGAAAAAGAAAUGCCAAAAAGAAUCUGAGCAGAACCGUGAGAAGCAGCAAAGAAUUGAGACUCUGGAGCGCUACGUUGCUGACCUCCCAAUGUUAGAAGAUCAUCGCAAGCAAAUUCAGCAGUUAAAGGAAGCUCAGCAGACAAUUGCAGCUUUGCAGGAAACAGUGACUGUUCUUAAGAGGGAACUUGGAGAUGUCCGUACCAAUUUCAGAGAGAAAGAGCUGCAGCUAGAAAUGCAGAAACACAAAGAAAUGGAACUGCUUUCCACUGUACACAGUUUGCAAGAUAAAAUGCAGCAUGGGAAGACGUCAGCAUCAGAUGACUAUACCCGGGAGAUAGAGAAAGAAAAACGAGAGAAAGAUUCUCUGCAAAAGGAACGUGAUCUCCUCAGAAAGAUUGUGGAUAAUCAGAAGAAGAAAAUUGAUCAGUUAUCUUCACAAGUAAAGGAUCUGGAGGAACAGGUAUCUCAGGAGGAGGGCACAGGUCAGGCUCUGAAAGCAGAAGCACUGAGACAAGAGAGUGCACUACAGCAGCUGCGUGUAGCUGUGAGAGAGUUGUCUGCACAAAACCAAGAAUUGAUGGAGAAAAACCUGACUCUUGAAGAGCAGCUCCGACAGAGAGAGCUGGAUCCACCUCUGUCUGAUGUGACAACCCACCUUACUCAAGAACUGCACAGUGAGCUGGCCAGCUGCCUGCAAGAUUUGCAGUCUGUCUGUAGUGUUGUAACUCAAAGGGUUCAAGGAAAGGAUCCUAACUUGUCUUUACUGUUGGGGAUUCAUACUGUGCAUUGUUCAGUGAAAGAAAAAGAAGACUUGCUGAAACCAGAUGUGCUGGCAAAAAAACUGGAAGAUGUGAAACAGUUGCACAAAGAGAUUGAGGAUUUACGGACUGCUAUUUCUGAUAGAUAUGCACAAGAUAUGGGUGACAACUGUAUCACGCAGUGAAGAUGAUGGAGAGUGAUGAGGACUAAUCUUGCAAAGCAAGAAGAGCUGCUAUCUCCUUAAUAUAUUACUUCUGCUUUGAUGCCAGGUGGAGCCUCCCCCAUAACAGGGAAUCAUUGUUCUUUUUCAGGAAGGCUCUUCAAGGGAAAUGUUUCCUUUGUGUGCCCUUCCCUUUGAUUUUCGAGAACUGAGCAAACAUAGAUCCUAAACACUAACAUAAUUACAGUUUUAAGGCUGGUUGACACUGACAGUUGCAAGCGAGGAGCUUCAGGGUUCUUCAGCCAAAUGUCUGCAACGUGAUGGAGAAAUGUCUGAACAGAGCAGUUGUGAUUACAACUAGCCAUUUCGGUUAUUUAGGGCAGCACUUUUUCCAGACACCGCCGUCAUGGAAAUUGCUGUGGCUGUAUCUUUGCAAUACACCACACAUUUAUGCAAUUGUGGGCAUGUACGUAGCUCGAAGGAACUAUGGUAGCAUGAAUGUGAAAAGAACUGCAUUGGUUUGGAAGGACAAACCAGUGUCCAAAGGACAAAGGAGCCACGGAGCAAGAUGCUUAAAUUCUUCAGUACCCUGAAGUAUUCUUUCAGGUUCCUUUAUAAACUAGAAGCAUGAGUGAUAUGCUCAAAAAAACAGAACACUUUGUGAGCAUGUUUUGGCUCCCCACAUAUUCUGCGGCUGUGGUAGGUGGUGGUAAAAGGUAUGCUCUGCACUAGUGAGGUGGUGAUUGAGUGUCAGAGUGGGCUGUAUCAGCCUUCCCAACUGUGCAGAUGUGUUAGAUGACCGUUUUCAGCACUUCUGACGAAAGGCUGUGAUGGGAAUCCACAACAUCUGGAGAGCACCAAGUUGAGAAAGGCUGGAUCGAAUGUUCCCGUGCAGAUGCUUUUUAAACAAGCCUUCCCCACAGUGGUGCUCUCCAGGUAGUGUAGAUUUCAAAUCCCAUCAGACCCAGCCACCAUGGUCAACAUUCAAGAAUUUUGGAAGUUGGAGUCCAAAAUAUCUUCAGGGUACAAGGUUGGGGAAAAGCUUUUUUGGACUAUAUUUUUGUAUGUUUUUCACCCAAGUGCUAUUUUGACUUGCUGAAGAUUGUGGAUUUUUCACACUGAAAUGCCUUAAUUCCUUCUGGAAUAAACCUGCAUUCUUAUAAGUGUGUAUCUGCAUUUCUGUGCAGCACACCCUGAUUCCCCUGACUCCCUUGAGUGGCUUAUAACACUUUCUGUCCAUCAUGUGGAUCUGAUUUAGCCUAGAACUUUACCUGAUUUCCAUGAAUGAUAAGGCAAUAGAAGCUCACUAAUUGGUCAUUAAGCUAUAGGGUGCAUUCCUAUGUAUGUUUAGACCUGGCUGGAAAUGUUGGGAGCUGUAGUGCUCUUUUCUGUCUAAGCAUACAUAGGAUUGCUAUCUAAGGGUCUAUAAAUCUCUUCCUCUAGAUAUAGAAUGUAGGUAAGGGGGUAGGUUCCUGAUUGCCUUGCCUGUAGUUAAGACAAGCAAAUAAAUUUAUCCAUUUUUUACAUUUGGACCUUGGCAAGAAAGUUAAGUAGGGCUUCUUUACCUGGGGUUUCACCUUCAUAUAAAUAAGGGUACAUACAUGUUAUGCCAGUGCUGUAAUGUAUAACCUUAAGAAUAUGAGUAACAUCCAAUUUUAAACUCAAAAAAUCAAUUUACAGACAGCAUUUGCUAUCAGCCCAUCUUGCCACUCUUUUCCGUCCACAAAGAUGAAACUGCAAAACUCCUUUCAAACUUCUGUGCCUCAACAUGCAGUCAUGUGUACCUGAGUAAUAUCCCAUCUGCAAUCCUUGCUGUAUUUUGUUAACAGCAUUUUCCACUUCAGUGCAUUUUUCUACCAACCUUGAACAUGAAGAACUUGUGAAUAAAUUAGUUUAAGAAAUUAGUUUAACAAAACAGGGAAAACAUGGUAAUUGAUCUCCGUAUCAGAGUGCAUUGUGGUCUUUCAGUCUUCAGCACAGAAGGGUAGUGAAAAUCCUCAGUGGCUAAAAUGUGUUUCCAGAACAGCUUUGGUAAGAAUCAAACUUUCUAGAAUGUUCAUGUGGCUAUGAUUAAUUUCUGGUGGAGUUUUGCCAAGCCUGCUGGGGAAAAAAAAACAAUUUGAGGAUCAGCUGUACUUUCUGUGUAGCACUUGGUGCUGGAAGUGACAAAUCAACUAUUUUCUCCCAAGCACACGGCCUGACAUGAAAGGAUGUUUUUAAUAUGCGAAUGUCCAAGUUUGCAUGUCCUGGUAUUGACCAAGGAAGAAAAGUUUCUGGAUUCAGGCUUUUACUCAGGAAAAUCUCAUCCAAGGGCAUCCGAAAUGCUGAAAUUCUAACAGACAUAUAUCAUCUGUGCACCUUCCUUUUGACAAUUAUUGCCUUCCUUCAGGCUGUUUACAAACGUUUUCAUGGCAUUUGGUAGAACUUGUUUGCUAAAGAAAGACAUGCAGGCAUCAACAGAGGAAAAAAUCUCAGGGGUGUAAUUUUAAUAUCUGAGGCAUAUAUUUUGUUGUUACUUGUGCUCAAGAGAUCUUGUUCUAAAUGUACUUAAUAUUUUGGCUACAAAAUAAAAUGGGAUUUCCUCUUUUAAAAGA